AAUAAAGCUGAAUAAUUCCUGAGUUCUUCUACCUUCAGUGUGAAAAAACCUUUAAGAAAAUAACUAACUUUAAACUUUCAGGGAGAAAACUAAGUGUGCACAUCCUUUAUUACCUUUAGCUAUUACUAUAGCAUCCUGACGUUUCAUCAUGGUAAUAUCGCAACUUCAUUUUGUGAUGAUUUGGGAACACAUUUUUAUUUUCAGCUUACAAAAAGUUCAAAGUUAUCAGAAAAGGUGCUGAAAGUAUUUAUUUUUUAUUUGGCAUCUGAGUAUGGAUACGCAAACUUUAGGUCUAGAUGUUCAGUCAUGUUAAAAUGAAGUCUUGAAUCGGUAACAGAAGAUCAUCCUUCUUUGCUCGGUGACCCAUUUGUAUCACUUUCAACAUCCUGAGACGGUAACAAAGCAGACUCCAGUUUCAAGGACUCAUCAGCUGGUUGCUAGGGACUCAUGGCUCCGUAGCAACAGCAGCAGAUUAUUGUGGCACGUCCAGCAGAGUCGGUGAAGAUGGUGUCUGGAAAACAAGGUGUCCUGCCGAGAUUUGGUCCCUCAAAGAGAAUCUUGGAGCUGGCGCAGCAUAAAACCUCAAAAACAGUCUGGGAGACGACUCCUUGUGAGAACGUGAGCUGGGGCAACCAGGAGCCGAUAUGGCCCAUCUCCACCGCCGCACUCAAAGCUACUCCGACUGCAAGAAUCCAAUACCUGGCCCAACACAAAAGAGACUUCUCAGCAAGGGAGGACCCCUGGAGGCAAGCAAGGCACCUGCAGCAUUAUUGAUGACCGUCUGGAAAACGAUAGAAAGGAAGGACUGCUUGUGUUUUGCUGACAGGCUUUCAGUGUCGCGGUAAAUCAGCGUGUUUGUGUGGGGAGUUUUUCACAAAGUGGAUGUAAGAGGCUGCAAAGUGAUGUUCAGGACCGAUGCCAGGUCGGAGGCGAUCUCCCCG